GUCGCAUUAGCAUGCACAGACUCUGGUAGCAAUAUGGUCAGAUGUUUCUCGGAUUUGGUCGCAUCCGGCACUAUGUGCCUUCUCAAACAAUGGCUGCCCUGUGCUGCACACCGUUUGCACUUGACGGUGUGUAAUGGUUUGGCCCUAUAUAAAACGAGGCGCACUGAGAAGGCUGGCAUCUAUGGACAUAAAACG